GGAGGGAGCGCCCGCUGCUGGGGGCGGGGAGCGGCCCGGCGGGGCUUCCUCGGCGCAGGGCUCGGCAGGUGCGGGGGCUCCGCAGGUGCUGCCAUGGGGAACGUGCCCUCGGCCGUGAAGCACUGUCUCAGCUACCAGCAGCUGGGCUGCGAGCAGCAGUGGACCCGGGACCCGGGGGCAGGGGCGCUGCAGCCCGCGCAGCAAGCAUUCCAGUUAUCUGGACUCCCGGAGUAUGUUAAAAUAGUAGAAGUCGGACCUAGGGAUGGACUACAGAAUGAAAAGGUUAUAGUUCCUACAGAUGUAAAAAUUGAAUUUAUAAACCGGCUUUCCCAGACUGGAUUGUCUGUGAUCGAAGUGACCAGCUUUGUCUCGUCCAGAUGGGUACCACAGAUGGCAGAUCACACGGAAGUGAUGAAAGGGAUUCAUCAGUACCCAGACAUUCGGUAUCCUGUCCUUACUCCUAACCUUCAGGGUUUUUACCAUGCUAUCGCUGCUGGUGCCACUGAAAUAUCAGUUUUUGGUGCUGCAUCUGAGUUAUUUAGCAAGAAGAAUAUUAACUGUUCAAUUGAAGAAAGUAUGGAGAAGUUUGAGGAGGUUGUUAAGUCUGCAAGGCACAUGAGUAUUCCAGUUCGAGGGUAUGUGUCUUGUGCCCUGGGCUGUCCAUAUGAAGGAAGUAUCACACCACAAAAAGUGACAGAAGUAUCAAAGAGACUGUAUGGCAUGGGCUGUUAUGAAAUAUCCCUGGGGGAUACAAUUGGAGUUGGCACUCCAGGAAGCAUGAAGAGAAUGCUGGAAAGUGUCAUGAAAGACAUCCCACCAAGGGCUCUUGCCGUACACUGUCAUGACACCUAUGGACAAGCCUUAGCGAACAUCCUAACGGCCCUUCAGAUGGGGAUUAGCGUGGUGGACUCAGCAGUCUCUGGAUUAGGUGGUUGCCCGUAUGCUAAAGGUGCUUCUGGGAACGUGGCCACCGAGGACUUGGUCUAUAUGCUCAAUGGUCUGGGGCUCAACUCCGGUGUGAAUCUCUAUAAAGUGAUGGAAGCCGGUGACUUUAUCUGCAAAGCUGUGAAUAAAACCACAAACUCCAAAGUAGCACAAGCCUGCUUCAGUGCUUGAGUUGAACAAAUAGGCUACAAAUCUAAGAAGAUCCAUUUCAGCUACAAAUAUUUAUCUGAAAACAAUUGUCAUCAGCUUAUUCUGGAAACAAAGUAAUAAAUAGUCGGGGGAAAGGAGAUGCUUUGGAAAGGUAGAAUUGGGUAGAUGAUGGAGUCAGCAGGAAGUGCCAUCAGUCAUCAGAUAAACUGUAGCAGAGGCGAAAUAAUAUAACUUGGAGUUGUGUAUGAAUUGGGAGAAAAGGCCACUCUCUUGGUCUUAGAGAAAUAGCUUUGUAAUUUCGUAGAUGUGAAAAUCAACUUCAGAUUUCUCUCAGUAUCGGACACUGUGUCAAUACUUAAUCAAGCUGGCUUAGCACAGUGGACAUAUUGUCGGUGGUUUAUGAGCCCGCGUGGUGUGUGGCCUCAGCGUUAUGCGCUUCGCCUCUGGAUCUCAACUUUUCAUUUGCCAAGUCAGUUAAGUUAUGGACCAAGCGCCAAAACUCCAUCUGACCCUACAUAAUUUUCAGCAAUAGAACUUUUACAUUUCGAAUAUGGCUAACAUCUGUUAACCAUUUCAAUGACUUUAUCUUGUUCCAAGAGACUGUGGUCCGUGGCAAAGCGCCAUAUCCUGGAAACGUAACACGACCUCCCAUGUUCCUUACACGCAUCCAGUUCACCAUCCUUUCCCUUUCAUCGGUGAUGUGAAAAACCAGCAUGGUGUUACUCAACGAUUGAGAAGUAGAAGCCCUGAUUUUUAUCUGAUGUCUAAAUUACGGUGAUGAGGAUAAGGCUGACAUUUGUGGCAUAACCCACAUUUGGCAUUUUCUGAUCAUU